CCCAAGCCACUACCUUUUAUUCCUCUGUUCUCACAUUCUCAUCUAUUUCUCCAUUUGGGUUUUUCUUGUUCUUCAGUAAGAUCAUGGGUACUGAGGCUGUGGAAAUCUUUUAUGCAAAUGGGUUCUCUAAAAUCUGCAAUGAAACCCAUCAAACCAUCAAGGAGACUCACCCGGCAGAUGAUUGUUGGUAUGAAGAAACCAUUGAUGAUGAUCUCAAGUGGUCCUUUGCUUUGAACAGGGUAUUGCACAAAGGCACAAGCAUUUAUCAGGAUUUUGCAUUGUUGGAUACUAAACGUUUUGGAAAGGUCUUGGUGAUUGAUGGGAAGAUGCAGAGUGCUGAAGUUGAUGAAUUUAUUUACCAUGAAUGCCUAAUCCAUCCGGCUCUCCUAUUUCACCCUAACCCAAAGACUGUAUUCAUCAUGGGGGGAGGAGAAGGGUCUGCUGCAAGGGAAGCGCUCAGGCAUAAUUCCAUUGAAAAAGUGGUCAUGUGUGAUAUUGACAAGGAAGUAGUUGAUUUCUGCCGCAGAUUCCUCACAGUAAACCAAGAGGCAUUUUCUAACAAGAAGCUUAAUCUUGUUAUCAAUGAUGCCAAGGCUGAACUGGAGAAAAAGACUGAAAAAUUUGAUCUCAUAGUUGGAGACUUAGCAGAUCCAGUUGAAGGAGGGCCUUGUUAUCAACUCUAUACAAAAUCAUUUUAUGAAAGGAUUCUCAAGCCUAGGCUUAAUGAGAAUGGCAUCUUUGUUACUCAGGCUGGGCCAGCUGGGAUUUUCACCCACAAGGAGGUCUUUUCAUCUAUAUACAAUACAAUCAAACAGGUUUUCAAGUAUGUGAGGGCAUACACAGCUCAUGUACCAUCUUUCGCAGAUACUUGGGGAUGGGUUAUGGCCUCAGACCAACCGUUCUCUAUCAGUGCUGAGGAGAUUGACAAAAGAAUUGCAGAAAGAGUUGAUGGUGAACUGCUGUACUUAAACGGUGCUUCAUUCAUCUCCUCUUCCACUAUGAACAAAACUGUUUAUCUCUCGCUAUUAAAUGAAACUCAUGUCUACACUGAAGACGAUGCAAGAUUUAUACCAGGCCAUGGAGUGGCUUACCGUCAUUGAUUCUGGGGUCUUUGUUUGGGGGAUUGCUGUACAGAGGAAAGCAAACAAAAGGGUUUGAAUUUUGCAAUAUGAGUUGGCAGAAGAAACGCAUCUCCGAACAAAAUCAAUCUUCAAUUUGUCAGAAGCAUUCUGUUUUUAUUUUCAUUUUUAACAUGGGGAAUUAUGGGGGAAUGGGGGAUUUUCUAGUUGUUGGUGGGAGUCAAAUUCUCUAUCCGACUAAAGCCAAGCACUAGAGCUUGGCGAUGAAUUGUUGAGUCCGAAGGUCCGGGUCCUGUUUUUAUUUCAUUUAAUGUUAGCUCUUACUGAGAUGUUUAUAGUCUCACUAUAAUGAAUGAAUUCCGAGGCA